AUGCGGACAGCACUGCCUUCGAGGCCCAUGUCCUCCAAGCAUCGCGACUCGCCUUCAAAUCGACAGCCAUCUGAUCAAGACCGCCGUGCGCGACAGCGACAAGAUGGCAGUACCUCCCCGAGUUUGAGAGCCAGCCCUUCUGACGAUGGCACCAAGUCGUCACGAGGACCCAGUCCUAACCUGCCUGCUGGAGAACUAAAUGCAAAGGUCAAGGCAUCUGCGGGAAGCACUGCCGGUCACGGUGGACAGAUCUGCAGCAACUGUGGAACAACCCGAACACCGUUGUGGAGGAGAUCACCUCAAGGAGCGACCAUAUGCAAUGCAUGCGGCCUCUAUCAGAAAGCAAGGAAUACAGCCAGACCAACAAGCCUUAAGAAACCCCCGAAUGUCGUCGCUUCUGGAUCUUCUCGCUCUACGCCCCCGAAGACAACGGCAUCUGGAUCCAAAUCUGCAUCCAACUUGAACACGGCAAACUAUGUUUCCGCGGAACAAAUGCCUACCGGUACUUGUCCGGGUGGUGGACGAUGCAAUGGAACUGGAGGGGCCGAGGGAUGUAAUGGAUGCCCAGCCUUCAACAACCGCGUGUCCAAAACAGCCCAGCUCAACAUGAUGCAGAGACAAAAGGGAGGAUGUGGAAAUCGCCCAGAAACCUCGAAGGUUGAACCUGUUCCCAUCGACGUCAACGCUCUCCAAACGCAAAAUCAAGAUUCAUCCAUGGUCAUUGCCUGCCAAAAUUGCGGAACUACUAUUACGCCUCUAUGGAGAAGAGACGAGAGCGGUCACACUAUUUGCAAUGCUUGUGGUCUCUACUACAAGCUGCAUGGCGUACACAGGCCAGUAACGAUGAAAAAACCAACAAUUAAACGGAGAAAACGAGUUAUACCCGCUACGCAAGAUGAAGAAAUGGAAGAUGCGGCGGAUUCGCCCGAGGACCGAAAGAUGGAAAUAACUCCCGAGCGAGGAACUGAGAAUGUCGAUGGAUCAAUCAACCUUGGAAUUCGACGCCGACCAGAACAAUAUCCCUUGACAAUCGAACCCCAACCUGGGUCCUUGAGAAACAGCGGCCAGGUUUCCCCGCUGCCAUCAGCGUCGGAUCUCGCCGCCUACCACCAGCGAAACGGAUACUCGCAAAGCGUAUCUAGUCAUGCUAAUGAGGAUAACCGAUUGCCCCCAAUGUCGUCUAUGGCUGCGGUUUCUGAACGCCAAUCUUCAAUGUCUCCUGCUUCCUUCCUUUCUCCCCGAAGGAAGCGUUCAUUUUCGGCGACGGACACCGAGGCGGGCAGCAACGCAGACGUUGGAGGGCAGGAGAGUGCCAAACGGAUUUCGUCCAUCAAAUCUAUUCUAAAUCCAACAGGCCAUGAUCCUGUGAAUCGACCUGGAAGUGCCGAUAUGGACGAUUAUACACUACCGCCGCUACGAUCUGCUGGGGGGCUGUUGGGCCCACUCGUCAAGGAUGUUUCGCCAGGGGCGAGGACAUCGAAUGAUGGACAGGGACAUGCAGAAAAGACUGAGAGCGAGCGCCUCAAGGCCGAGCGAAGAUUGGCACUACAGAGGGAAGCGGAUCGCAUGAGGGAAGAGCUCGCCGCCAAGGAGCGGGAGCUAAUGGAAUUGUGA